AUGGCGGCCAGCGAAAUCCCUACAUUGAGCCACUUGGGCUCCGUACCACAAUCUCUGUUCAGUGGCACAGUAGCCAUCUUGACCAUUGCCUGGUUUUCAGUGGUACUACGUGUCUACGUCCGCAGCGUCAUGAUGAGGUCCUUCGGCUGGGACGACUGGACUAUCAUGCUUGCGAUUGCCGCUUUCACAGUGCAAUGUGCCUACAUCAUAAAAGCUGCUCAGAUGGAGAUGCAGCCGACGAAAUACAACAAUGUUGCUGGUCUAUCUGAACUUGUAACAGACAUCAUCGCCUUCAGCGGAUCCUACGCCAUCACCGGUGUCUUCUUGAAAAUCUCGUUGGGUCUCUUUUUCCUACGCAUCAUUGUCGAACCGUGGCAACGUAUGGUCAUCUACAUCUGCAUGGCCAUCAGCACCAUCUACGGCUUCAUCUACUUCGGCAUCGUCACAUUUGGCUGUGGAGACCCUCAGAAGUUCCUUCUACGGACGGUCGAGCAGAAGUGUCUAUCGAUCGAGAAUGUCACCAUUCCUGCCAGCUACGUACACACGGCACUCAACGCAGCCACUGACUGGAUCAUGGCUCUUUUGCCUAUCGUAACCAUUUGGAACCUCAACAUGCCUCGUGUCACCAAGUUCUGGGCCUACCUCUUGCUUGCGCUGGGUGCAGCAGGAAGUAUUGUCUCGCUUAUUCGUUUCGGUUACGUCGACGGUCUUCGCCCUGGAAAACAUUUCUUCAAGCAGUCGGCCAAAUUCGCACUCUACAGCACUGUGGAACCUGGCCUUGGUAUCGCAGCCGUCUCCUUCGCAACCUUGAGACCAUUGUUCAAGAAAUGUCUCGAAGGAGCAAGGUCGGUGUCUGCCUCUCAAAACAGUCGUGGAGGCAGAAAGACACCUUCCAUCGUACCCGAUAUUCAACUCAAAGGACUCCCAUUGUCCAGAUCUCGCCCUCGUGACGGGUUUCAAGCAUUUGGAGAGUCAGAGGAUGAAGACUCACAAGGCUGGACUGAAGUCUCUGUUGUCUCGCAGGACCUGGAAAAAGGGUCGAAUGGAAGAUGGCCGCAAAGUCCUCGACCUAUCUGA